UGUGCGCCGUGUCCCCGGCCGCUCUAUCUCCUGUGGGUGGCCCGGCCCGGGGUCAGCAGCCGGGGACACCCCGAGCUCGCAGUGCUUCACGUGCAGCACCAGCCCUAACAGCGGGGGGCGUGGCCUGGGUGCACCACCAGCCUCGAGCGAGCACAGCCGUCCCCCGCCACGGUUGGUCUACGGUCUACCCCAAGCCCCGCCCCCACUCUCCCGCCUGGCCCAAUAAGAGGCUCCCCGCCGACUCUCCUCUCAGGCGAUUGGCCGCGUAUCGUCAGCUUUCUCACGCGCCGGCCAGUCGCGACGUUUGUUUAGAGGUUGAGCGGGCGUCCCCAGCCGAGGCCAAUCACGCGUUAACAUGAGGGCGUGGCGGUGAGCAAGGGGUCCGUCCCUGAAUUGCGGCACCACCCCUUGCAGCCGCUGACGUAGGGGUAGAGUGAGCGGUGAUUGGCCGCACCUGACGUCUGUCAACCCUUGGCUGGCGUGUCAGGUCAGGGAAGGGGGCGCGGCAGGGACUACCCAGUCCUCCUUACUUCGGCCUGCCAGGGGCGCGCGCUCUGGCGGUUACACACCGGGCGCGAGGAGGAGGAGGAGAGCGAGAGUGGAAAAAGAGAGCGCGAGGAGGAUGUGGCGCGCGGAGGGGAAAUGGCCGCCGAGAACAAGCCGGAAGAUGAUCAUGGAAACAGCAACGGCAGUCAUGUAAAGAUCUUUCUACCCAAGAAGCUGCUCGAAUGUCUACCAAAAUGUUCAAGUUUACCAAAAGAAAGGCAUCGUUGGAACACUAACGAGGAAAUUGCAGCUUAUUUAAUAACAUUUGAAAAGCAUGAAGAAUGGCUGACAACUUCCCCUAAAACAAGGCCACAGAAUGGUUCCAUGAUAUUGUACAAUCGGAAGAAGGUGAAAUACCGGAAAGAUGGAUAUUGCUGGAAAAAGCGAAAAGAUGGGAAAACGACGCGAGAAGAUCACAUGAAACUCAAGGUCCAAGGAGUGGAGUGUCUAUAUGGCUGCUACGUUCAUUCGUCCAUUAUCCCAACGUUCCACAGAAGGUGUUACUGGCUCCUACAGAAUCCCGAUAUUGUAUUGGUGCACUACUUGAAUGUCCCUGCCAUAGAGGACUGUGGGAAGCCGUGCGGGCCUAUUCUUUGUUCAAUCAACACAGACAAGAAAGAGUGGGCGAAAUGGACGAAGGAAGAACUUAUAGGGCAGCUGAAACCCAUGUUUCACGGUAUUAAGUGGACGUGCAGCAAUGGGAACAGCGGUUCAGGGUUUUCUGUGGAGCACCUUGUUCAGCAGAUACUCGACAGUCACCAGAGCAAACCCCAACCUCGGACGCACAACUGUCUCUGCACUGGCAACUUAGGUGCUGGUAGCAGUGUGCAUCACAAAUGUAACAGUGCCAAACAUCGCAUCAUCUCACCAAAGGUUGAGCCAAGGACAGGAGGAUACAGCGCUCAUUCAGAGGUACAAAACAAUGAUGUGUCAGAAGGCAAGAAUGAGCACAGUCAUGGCAAGUCCUCCAGUCGGGAGAAAAGAAAUGGGAAAAUGGCAAAACCGGUGCUGCUUCAUCAAAAUAGCACGGAGGUUUCUUCAACAAACCAAGUGGAGGUUCCUGACACUACCCAGAACUCGCCGGUAUCCAUCAGCAGUGGCCUAAAUAGCGAUCCAGACAUGGCUGACAGUCCUGCCGUCACUGGUGUCUCUAGCAUGGCCGUUGCUUCAGUUAUGGGUAGCCUCUCCCAAAAUGCCACUGUGUUUAUGUCUGAAGUCACCAAUGAAGCUGUAUACACAAUGUCGCCAAACACUGGUCCCAAUCAACACCUCUUGUCCUCAGAUACAACCACCCAGGGACUUGUAUUGGCGGUAAGUUCAGAUGGUCACAAGUUUGCCUUCCCUACGGCAGGGAGCUCGGACAGCUUAUCAAUGCUGUCGGCUAAUGUCUCAGAAGAACUUGUAUUAUCCACCACCCUCGAUAGCAGCAGAAAAAUACCUGAAACCACUAUGAAUUUUGACCCAGAUUGUUUCCUCAACAACCCAAAACAAGGGCAGACCUAUGGUGGAAGCGGUCUAAAAGAAGACAACAUUAGCACUAACAUACGAAGGUCAUCCAGCACAGAACGCAGUUACACUUUCAACCCAAUUUUAGCUAAAGAGAUAAAAACAGAGGACACCACAUUUGAGCAGCAGUUAUCAAAGGAUAGCUUUCCAUCCACGUCAUCAAAUACUCUAACACUCACCCCAGGUUCCGGCUUGCUCCCAUCAGGUGGGGGCCUCAGUCCAAGCACCACAUUGGAGCAAAUGGAUUUCAGUGCGAUUGAUUCCAACAAAGAUUACUCAACCAGCUUUAACCAGACAGUUCAGAGUCCCCAUGUCCACCAGACCCCUUCCCCUAGCUUCUUUUUACAAGAUGCCAGCAAACAGAUUCCUCUGGAGCAGAACUCCCACAACACUAUAAAUGGCUCAAACAACACGUAUGUCAACACGAUGGGCAUCCCGAAUGUCAAGACCGAAGCAUCCAGUCAACCGCAGAACAACUGUAAUGGUUCGAUCGACCAAGCUAGGUUAGAGUCAACAUCUUCCCUCCAACUUAUGCAGUUCCAGGCGAACUUCCAAGCAAUGACUGCUGAGGAAGUUCCCAUGGAGACAUCGCAGCAGGCGGAAGGGAAUGGAAAUAUUCUGAAACCUGGUGACCUUCAGGCUUGCAGCGCUGAGCACUAUAUGCAGUCGGAAAACACUGCCUCAAUGAGGAACGGCAACGGCCUGCCUAUUUUGCAGGGAAAUAUGGUACAAGGACUCUAUCCUGUUGCUCACCAGGCGUUGAGUAACUCUUCCAACAUGGAGCUCAAUCUAGACCAUUUUGAUAUCUCCUUCAGCAACCAGUUCUCUGACCUUAUCAAUGACUUUAUAUCAGUAGAAGGAGGGAGUAACACUAUUUAUGGACAUCAACUGGUGGCUGGAGACAGCAACGUGUUGCCUCAGGCGGAGGAUGGAAACAGGCCCAUAUACGCUCAGGCUGAAAUGUGCAUACCUUGUUGUAGCCCUCAGCAAUCAAGUAUGCAGCUGAACAAUUCAGAAACGGGAGCCACCACCAUGGCUUAUAUGCAUGUUGCCGAGGUUGUGUCAGCGGCAGCGCAAAGUACCCUGGGAUUGCUGCAACAAAGUGGACGACUGUUUAUGGUGACAGAUUACUCUCCUGAGUGGUCGUAUCCUGAGGGAGGAGUAAAAGUCUUAAUUACGGGGCCAUGGCAGGAAGCCAGCAAUAAUUACAGCUGUUUGUUUGACCAGAUCUCAGUGCCUGCAUCUCUUAUACAACCCGGUGUUUUGCGCUGCUACUGCCCAGCACAUGACACCGGAUUGGUCACCCUUCAGGUUGCCUUCAACAACCAGAUCCUCUCCAACUCUGUUGUGUUUGAAUAUAAAGCGAGAGCUCUUCCAACACUGCCUUCCUCCCAGCAUGACUGGCUGUCCCUGGAUGAUAACCAGUUUAGAAUGUCGAUCCUGGAACGUUUGGAGCAAAUGGAGAGGAGAAUGGCUGAGAUGACAGGUUCCCAACAGCACAAGCAAAAUGUGGGAGGAGGCAGUGGAGGCGUAGCCCACAGUGGGGGGAGCCAAGCACAAUGCGCAGUAGGAGCUGGAUCCAUAGGAAGCUGCUUUGAGAGCCGAGUAGUGGUUGUGUGUGAGAAGAUGAUGAGCCGGGCCUGCUGGGCGAAAUCCAAGCACCUAAUUCAUUCCAAGACAUUCAGAGGAAUGACCCUGCUCCACCUCGCUGCUGCCCAAGGUUACGCCUCCCUCAUUCAGACCCUAAUCAAGUGGAGGACCAAGCAUGCUGACAGUAUUGAUUUGGAAUUAGAGGUCGAUCCUUUAAACGUUGAUCAUUUUUCGUGUACUCCCCUGAUGUGGGCGUGUGCGUUGGGUCACACUGAAGCUGCCGUUGUGCUGUAUAAAUGGGACCGACGGGCUAUCUCCAUCCCUGACUCACUUGGCCGGCUCCCUUUGGCCAUCGCACGUUCCCGGGGCCACGUGAAACUUGCAGAAUGUCUGGAGCAGUUGCAGAGGGAGGAACAAUCCCAACUGGGGCAAAAUGCCAGGCUACAGUGCUCUCCAGGCCCCGACGCCAAUGCAGAGAGUUGGUUAACCCAGUGGCAAAGUGAGGCCAUCGGCCCUCAAGAUGCUCAGAAGGGAGUGACCAUUAUUUCAAAUGCUAAUGCAGAAUUAAGGAGACCAAGAUCUGAACCCUCUAAUUACUACAGCACUGAAACUCCGAAAGAUUACCCAGCUGCUAAAAAACACAAACUGAACCCUGAAUACUUCCAGGUCAGGCAAGAGAAGGUCAUAGCAACAGCCCUAAGCCUGGAGCAACCGUCUCCCUGGAGACAGAGUUCCAUCUCCAAACAGCCAUUGCCUGACGCUGCCCACGUUGAGGAAAUGCGUCACUUCCCCAGAGACCUUCCUCAGCACAUCCCGGACACGUCCGGGUACAGAGCUCCGGCACCAAUGAAAUGGAGCCCAAAGGAGCUCUACCUGGGGGUUUCUGCCGCGCAGGUGACUGGGACCUCAAAGCCAACAGGACUGGGGAAGGACAUUGGGGGCCAUAGGCUGCGUCAGAGGGAGCAGAUGAAUGUUUUAAUGAUGUCUGAAAGGGAAAUUGUCGACGCUGAGCUGCUGUCAUACAGAGAAAACAUGGAGAAUGAUGACUGCUUACAACAUAUGGAUGAUCUCCAGGUGAACAUGAUGAAUCUGGCGGAACAGAUUAUCGAAGCAACACCUGAACGGAUCAAGCGGGAGAAUUUCGUACCCAUGGAGUCUCCGCUGGCAGAGAGGGCAGACACCGCGGCAUUCAGCACCACUAUGAGCUGGCUGGCCAGUUAUCUUGCUGAUGUUGAUCACUUACCUAGCGCUGCACAGAUACGGUCGCUCUACAGUGAACCUCUGACUCCUUCUUCAAACACCAGCUUAAGUCCUGCGAGCUCCCCUGUGAGCGAAACAACGUUUGAAAAGACCAGCCUCCCGUCUGCUGCUGAUUGGUCAGAAUUUCUCACUGCAUCCACCAAUGAGAAGGUUGAAAAUGAAAUUUCCCAGCUGACACUGUCAGACCAUGAGCAGAGAGAGCUCUACGAAGCUGCCAAACUGGUUCAGACGGUGUUCAGGAAAUACAAGGGUCGUCCAUUGAGGGAACAGCAGGACGUGGCUGCGGCCGUCAUUCAGCGCUGCUACAGAAAGUACAAACAGCUUACAUGGAUAGCCUUGAAGUAUGCACUUUAUAAAAAGAUGACACAAGCUGCAAUUCUCAUCCAGAGCAAGUUCAGAAGCUAUUAUGAACAGAAGAAGUUCCAGCAGAGCCGGCGUGCUGCAGUUCUUAUCCAGCAGUACUACAGGAGCUACAAGGAGUGCGGCCGGAUGCGGCAGAAGCGUCGGACAACUUCUCUUGUGCAGCAGAAACUGAGAAGCAGUCUUCUUACAAAGAAGCAGGAUCAAGCUGCUCGGAAAAUUAUGAGGUUUUUACGUCGCUGCCGUCACAGCCCUCUGGUGGACCAUAGACUGUUCAAAAGGGGUCUGAAUGUUUUUGGAGCAAACAUGUGUAUAUUAAAUUGCAGAAAGAAUGCUCAGAGGUGUCAGUCUUUUUGGGCCUCUCUAUCUUUUUUACUUUCCAUUCCUAAUGAGAUUUCUGGAAAAUGGCGAGAUAUCACAUUCCCCAAUUGCCCCAUAUGCACUUUCAGCUCUAAGAGCAACAGAGUGAAAGAAUUGAAAAAGGCCAAGGAACUUGAAGAAUUAAAUCAGCGUCCCUUAGCAAUGUGACAGCGCUUUUUGGACUGUUUUCAUUUUCUGUUUUUAGCAGAGACAUGCAACAACAACAACAAAAAAUAAAAUAAAAUAAUAAAAUAACACUGCAGUUUUCAAGAGAUCACCUGCAGGAUUUUAACAGUAAUCUUUUUGGUCAUUUGCAUUUGCACUUUCAUGGACAACUUUUGCUUUGUUCAACAAGACAUCUUGGAUUUUAAUCUUCUGUUGAAUCAUGGGAAACAAAAACAAAAUGGCGCCAGGAGAUGAUUGAGAGUAGCUCCAAUCUCUGAGGUGGGAGCAGCAUGAUUCACAUAGGGCUGAAUUCAAACAACGUGUGGAACUGUACAAAUAUUAUACCAAAAAUUAUUGAGGAAAGGUGGAAAUGCACAAGCAAAGCCUGAAUGCAAAACCCAGAGCCAUCGAUCACUCACAAGGAGCUAAGCCCAUGGAAAUCCUUGAAUGAAUGAAUGAAGAGUAUGGACCAUAUCUUAGCUUGAUGGACUUAUGUUCCUUACCUGAGCUGCUUCUUGUACAGAUCCCCAACUCUGAAGUAUUUCUCAUACAUACACCAUAUAACAUAUGCAAUGUAUAACCAUACCAUUAGUUACAUUAGAGCUUUAGAGCAUUAUCGAAACACAAGUCUACAAAGAAUGCAGACUUCACGUGUAUCUGCCUUUUAGUGUGGUCAGAGAAUCCUUCUGACCGUACAUUUCGUUAUUGGGGUUUUUUUAUGUUUUUUUUUUUCUUCAAAAUGCUUUAUUGGUUAAAAACAGUUCUUUCACCCAUAUAUGUAUAUAGACAUAUCUAUGCAUUGUGCACAUUAUAUUUUAUGUGAGAAGGAUUUUGGUCCAUGGUGAAUACAUUGCUAACUCAGAGAUAGAUAAAAAAAAUGUUGACGUCAACAUUUUGAGGAUGUUACUUAGUAGAAGUUGGUAUAAAAUGAUAUAUUAUAUAUCCAUCUCACACAAAAAAUGAUUGUGCACUGUAUAAUUACUACUAUCCCCUAUAUAUAUAUAUAUAUAUAUAUAUAUAAAUAUAUUUAUUAUAUAUUCACAUAACACAUGAAGAACCAACCUCUUGGUCCACUGGCCACUUCGUUGAGUAGAUAAAUUGUCCUGUAGUCUUGACUGGACAGAACGAUGGUCACAGUGGACAAUUUACACCCUCAGUGUUUGUAAUCUUCAUUUUAAAAGGUGAAGACACCAUAGAAUGCUGGGACUUUUUCCUCACUAUGAAAUUACCAGUAUGUUAUGCACAAAUAAUUAUUAUGAAAAGAUAUACAAGUUAGUAGGCAGGAUGACUACUGUAUGUUCGAAAAAUUUAUUUAAAUUUUUUUCAUAAUUUAAAAUGUUCAUAUUCGUAAAGGUUUUAGCUAUAGACUACAAUCAUAGCUGGAAAAAAAUACAAAAAGAAAUAAAACCUUGCGUCUGUCGAUCGCUUUUAAAAUGUAUACUGCCCAAAAGGGUUGCAUUUACAUUGCCUGAACAUUUUUCCACCUAAGAAUCAAUGUGGUGCUGUGUGCUGGCCAGUUAAUAUAUUUGGUCUUAUCAUAUAACAAACCUGAGAAAGAUUUGUAUAUAACAGGCAGGACUGUAAUGAGAAAAUAUUAUUUGAAAGAAGUUAUUGUGGAGUUGAAUGAAAUUACUUACAUGGAUAUGGGUCAAUAACAUGGCUGGAGAUCACUAAUAUUUGUAUAGUUUGCUGGAACGAAUUAGAAAAGUGUGGAUGUGUUACCUGUAUAUAUUGUAGAUAUAUAUAUAUAUAUAAAAAAUAAGAUAUGUGCAUGAAACAAAAGAAAUGAACAAAAAGCAAAGCAUUAGUGGCUAUGGUCUGUAAAAUGAAUCAAAACAUUUUAUUUCACUAUAAGGGUACUUUAUUUUAAAUGUUCUUUACAAGAACAUUUUGCUAAAGCAUGACUAAACUGCAAAAAAGAGCUACUGUAUUUAGACUUAGAAAAAAGCAGAGUAACAUUACUAAAUGAAUAUGUUUACAUUUAUUUUAUUUUUUUGUCUAUCAAAACAUUAUUUCAUCUUAUUAAUUUUUUAUUGAUUUAUCUAUUUGUUAUUUUUUAUUAUUAUUUAUUUUGCCAAUGGUGCCAAGUAAUGUGAAUGCUAUAUCGCUUAAGAAAAUUAAGUUACAUUUGCAAAAGCAGAUACUCAUAAAAAGGUAUAUACGCUUAACACCAUACACUCACGCCAAUUAAAAAAAAUGUAGACUUAAAUUUAAUAAAAAUGUUUAAAAAAAAUUAUAAUAAAAAAAUAUUUAAAAAAAAUAAAUAAAUAGUAAGAAAGUAGAAAAGAUGUUUCACAUUUUCAUAUCUCCCUGCUGGAAGUCAGAAAAUGUUAAAUAAUUGCACACAAACUACAGUGUAAAAAAUCAAAACAACCAUAAAAUACAAAAAAAAAUGAUGCAAACUGGUCUUGUAGGGAACUCAUGGUAUAUAUGAUUAUUUCCACACAGAAACAAGCCAAAGUGAUCAGAUAAUGAGGUAUUUGAAAGACAGAAAAAAAUACAAUAUGUGUGCUUCGGUAUUAAACUUUGGCAUUUAUUGUCAAUACUUGUCUAAUCUUUUAGAAUACAAUCUGUUACAUAUUUGAUUGUAAGGGGAGACAGUACUAUUCAGGGUGUACUAGCCUUUUUCCCCUAUAAAACAGUUUCUACUGUAUAAUUUUUUUUAUACUGAGAAGUAAAAAUGUAAAGAUACACAAUGUGCAUAUGUAAGAAACUUUUAACCAGGUUGUUCGAGACAAAGGUUUGAAAAUGAAGCUAAAAAUUGAUGAGGUCAGUACUCUUGUUGCAUUUUUUUAAUAACCGUUAAUUUCCUUUCACGCGAGAUGUACAGAUAGGAACAAGCUAAAAAAAUGAUGUAUAUGUUCUAUACUUCUCAUGAGAUCACGCACAAUCUGCCAUUAUGAAUAGUCUGUACAUUAAAAAUAGAUAUAUACUGCUCUUUUUUGAUGGGACAUUGAGUGUCCUAAGAAGAAUGUAUUUUAUUAUGUAUUCAUGAGGAACGGGAAGAAUAACAUAUCAAAACGCCUUUUUGAAAUAACAACACUGCUCUUAUGUAUAAGUAUUAGCAUUAGAAGAACUUUUAGAAUUUUGUUAUCUGGAAUUGUAUAUUAAAUAUUUCCACUUUUCAUGAAGAAUGUAACUUUUUCUCACCCUGGCAAGAGUACUGGUCUCAGUCGUAAUGCUGUAUUCUCUGUAUAUUUGUACUAAAAAAAACAAAAAAAGGUCAGUGUUGUUCAGUGUGUCAAUAACGUUAUCAGAUCCGUAACAUGCAGGACCUUUCCAAGCUACUGUACCAACAUAAAUGCAGUCACAAGGGCCUGUUCGAGAGCAUCAGAUGCAAUGAGCUUUUCAGAUUACACAGGGCAUCUGACAAAGCCAACUUCUUUGCAAUAGACCAUUCCUUGGCUGUGAAAUUUUGGAUUUUGAAUGUAAGAUGCAUACAAACAGUUCACUUGUACGGGAUACAUGACUUUUCCCAAGUGCCAGGAGUCUGUCAUAAUGUGUAACUGUUAAACUUAUGCUGUCUCUCAGCCUUUUAUUUUAAGCUUCUAGUGUGAACAUUAAAUCAACAACAAAAAAACAACAAAAACCCAUCUGUACUGUGUGAGAGAAAUAGAAAAUAUAACGUGAAAUCCCUACAUGGUUGCACGCUUACGGCAGUUCCACACAGUAGUUGGCGCCAAAGGGGGUCCCCAAGGCUUGCAUGUAAAGCUAAUAUAGAUGUCUUUUUUUGUAAGUUUUAUUUUUGUAAUUGUGCAUGUAAGAAAAACAUCACUGAAAUCAAUGGAUCUGUUGAAGAACUCAGCUGCUGGAACCAUGCAAAAUGUUUUGAAUUGCCCUUAACAAAAUGUUUUCUGAAUGCUUUCUAUUCUUCCUGCUGUAAAUUAAAAAAAACAAAUUAAAUUCCCCAUAUUA